AUGUUCCAGUCGUCAGGCGGAACGAGCUCGGCGUGCAGCUCCUCUCGCGCCAACUGCACGGGCAACUUUCCGAAACACCUCUCUGGAUCGCCCACCUCUCGCGUUCGUCAAUAUCGCGCGAGACACCUCAAAACGCACGGCCUUGACCCCGCACAAGGCUCGAAAUUGCCCGACAUCGGGUUCACCCUCCCUCCGCUUCAGGGGCAAAACCUCGAUGAGCACUUCCACCGCAUUGGUAAUGCCGCCGCCCAACCAUGGCUCUCGUUCGCGCAGGAUCUAUCCACGGCGCGACUGCCCCCCAAGCCCGACGAGGCGGUCGCAUUUCCGGAGUUUGACGGCAAGCCCGAGGACAUGCUCGUGUUCGACAUCGAAACCCUACCCGCGUACCACGACCAUGCCAUCAUGGCGUGCGCAGCGACGAAGAACGCAUGGUAUGCCUGGAUAUCCCCCUGGCUCCUCGGCGAGACACAGGACCCGCAACAGCUCAUCCCCUUUGGGGACCCCGCUAGGGUCCGUGAGGAGUACCACGUCGCCGGCACGCAGACGCGCUUCCUGGACACGAUGGCCCUCCAUGUCGCGGUGAAGGGGAUCUCGUCGCAUCAGCGCCCGGCGUGGAAGAAGUACCGAAAGUCGAAGGACGAGGCUCGUGCACAGCUCGACGAGGCUGUCGAUGCAGUCUACGACCAUAUACAGGAGGCGGAUGAGCGACUGGAGGUGGAGACCGACCCCAUCAAACGCGCCGACAUGGAGCGCCUCAAACGGCGCCUCUCCGAAGGACUGGAGAGCAGCCAGACAACGGUGGAUACAGACCUGAAUAUGGAGGAAGAAGGAGCAGAAAAACGUUGGGAGGCACUCGCGUCGGCCAACUCUCUCCGCGACGUCGCAAGGUUGCAUUGCGGCAUCGAGAUGGAUAAGGAAGUGCGCAACGACUUCCUCACGUCAACGCGCGAAGAAAUCUGUGACGGUCUACCAUCCUACCUCGACUACUGCGCGAACGACGUCAACGUGACACACGCCGUUUACUGCGUUGUUCUCCCGGCGUUCCUGUCGGCGUGCCCGAGCCCUGUCUCGUUCGCCGGCGCGUUGGCCAUGGGCUCCAGCCUGCUCACUGUCAACGAGGAGUGGGAACGCUACCUGGAGAACGCAGAACGUACCUACAGGCAACUCGACGAAAAGAUCAAGGCGCGUCUAAUCGACCUGGCCGUCGAAGCAAGGGGCAUGAUGGAGAGCGGGUCAUGGAAGGACGACGUGUGGUUGAGGCAACUGGACUGGACACGAAGGUCGCGGGCAAGUCGCGUGGUGUGGGCCCAACGAGGAACUGUACAGGAGACGCCGUCCAUCCACUUUGGUACGACGCAGUCAUCGCAGACCCCUUCACCCGUACUGUGGUCAACAACAUCCUCCCGCUCCUCCUUCAAGUAUCUUACAAUGAUCACCCGAUGCGCCGAGCCCCUUCUCACGGCUGGCACUAUCCCACGGCACCACGCCCUCGCCAACGGUCAUCUCACAUCCGUCGACGACGAGGUGAGACAAGAUUGUACAGCUCGCCGACACGGCUCUGCAGCGGUCACCGGAGGAUAUUGCGGCGGAUCCCUGGCUCAGCCAGCUCGAUUGGAGUAUCCAACCACCAAGAGCCAGAGUAGGGCUACGGCAAAGCGUGAGCCGAAGAUGGACAAGGUGUAUUGGCCGAAGUGGUUGCGUCCCGGGACACUCGACCUGACCGUGCGGAACCGAUUCGCGCCCAUCCUCCUUCGGCUGUCCUGGCAGGGCUGGCCACUCGUUCAUUCGCGCCAGCACGGUUGGACAUUCCGUGUCCCCAAGAUGGCGGAUUUCCAGACACGCGCGACGGCGCUGACCUUCGACAAGGAACCAGAUGCUACGCUUUACAACAGCACUGCACACUUCACCUUCUACAAGCUGCCACACAAGGACGGCGAUUCGGCGAAUGUCGGAUCCCCACUCGCGAAGACGUUCAUGAGACUCGACAAGACUUCACUCGGGCUUCCUUCUCCCGCUGCAGACAAGAAGUGGGGCGUCAUCCUCCCUCAGGUACUCACGAUGGGCACCAUCACCCGCCAACCGCGUGGGUCCGAGCUCAAGGCGAUGGUCCGCGCGCCCCCAGGAUACGCCAUCGUCGGCGCUGACGUCGACUCGGAGGAGCUCUGGAUUUCCAGCGUUAUGGGCGAGCGCAGUUCGGCUCCACGGCGCGACGGCCAUCGGUGGAUGACGCUCGAGGGCACGAAAGCGGCCGGCACGGACUUGCAUUCGAAGACGGCGAGCAUCCUCGGAAUCACACGCGACUCGGCGAAGGUGUUUAACUACUCGCGGAUCUACGGCGCGGGUAUGCGUCACGCCGUUCUCUUGCUCCUCCAGGACAGCCCGGGGAUGUUUCCAGAGAAGGCGGAGGAACUGGCGAAGAACCUAUACGCGUCGACGAAGGGCAAGACUUGGCACCGCAAGGGUCUCUUCGGACGGAAGUUUUGGUUCGGCGGCAGCGAAUCCUUCGUCUUCAAUAAGCUAGAAGAGAUCGCCCUUUCCAGUCGUCCCCAGACCCCAGCCCUCGGCUGCGGGAUCACGGACGCGCUGUCAAAGGAGAACCUGCCCAACAAGUUUGGUUCGGACUACAUGACCUCGCGCAUCAACUGGGUCGUGCAGUCCUCCGGCGUCGACUACCUCCACCUGCUCAUCGUCGCGAUGCAGCACCUGCUCGCCAAGUACUCCAUCGACGCCCGCUACCUCAUCUCCGUCCACGACGAGCUCCGCUACCUCGUCAAGGAAGAGGACCGCUUCCGCGCCGCGCUCGCGCUCCAGAUCGCGAACCUCUGGACGCGCUCGCUCUUCGCGUACCGCCUCGGGAUGGCCGACCUCCCGCAGGGCGUCGCGUUCUUCUCCGCCGUCGACGUCGACCACGUCCUCCGCAAGGAGGUCGACAUGCCCUGCGUCACGCCCUCGCAGCCGCACCCGAUCCCCCCCGGCGAGAGCCUCGACAUCGCGGCGACGCUCGCGCGCACGAACGGCGGCUCGCUCUGGCCGGACGGCCGGCCGAUGCGCGAGGACGACGGGAUCCCGCUCGAAGGCACCCUCGCGGCUAUCGUGGCCUGGCUCAAGGCGCAGGCGUUGACGGACCCGGAGGAGGUCCGCAGUCUCUCGCAGGCGACCAAAGCUGCUGCGAAGACCUCGAAGACCACCGAGGUCUCGAAGACCGCCAAUACCAGGAAGCCGCUGGCACCGCGCAAGGCAUCCGCCAAGAGACCGAGCUCGGAGAGCAUGUCUCAUGAAGAGUGGAAGGCGCAGACUGAGGCGUUCGCAGAGAUGCUUUCGAGGCCGCUGAAGAAGCGGACCGUACCACUCGCCGACGACGAGCGCCGCGCCGGCGCCCUGGAGCACGCCCGCGGCGCGCGCGAACGUCUGCGGUGUGCCGGUGCCCCAGUCGCGCAGGCGGCGGGCGUGCUCGGCCGCGGGGGUACCGAUGUCCUCGUGGGUGAAGCAGCGGUAGAGGUGGUGGUCGAGCGCGAGGGCGGGCGUGCCCGCGUGCUGCACGAACGCGGCGUAGUUGUCCGGCUGCCAGCAGUCGCCGAUGUACAGCGGCAGGUCGGGAUCGACGGCGCGGAGGGCGCGGAAGGUGGCGAGGUACCAGUCUUUGAGGGCGUCGGCGUGGCCAUUCGGGUGCGGUUCGUUGAGGAGCUCGAUCCCGACGAGGUUGGGGAGGGGUGGGUUGUGUGA